AUGAGUUCUCCAACUCCGGGUACCCUCGCCACUUUACCAGAUUUUGGGAUUGGCCAUGACGACGACUUCGUUCCAGGAGUCUCUCCACAUGGAACUGGUGGCUCCCUUGCUCAUCGAGCAGCGUCGGUGGAGGUCGGUGUGGCACUAUUGAUCGCAGUCCCGCGCGUCGUGCAGCAGGGAUGCGUCAUUGACAAGGUGACGUCUACGACCGCUGCCGAGGACCCAGUAGUCAUCCUUGUCGUCGCCAAACGCCAUCGCCAGACCUUGUCUUGUGUCCUGUGUGACGCGCGAGCCGUUGCAACCUGUUCAUUCGCCGGCAGCUAA